AUGGGCGACCUGCAGACCAGGUUAUAUUCUCCUCUUCUCCUAGUCAGUGUUGCUCCUAGUUCUAGUGUUUCAGAUUUCAGAUUCAGUCAGCUCAUGAAAAAAACAAAUAUACAGUUUGGUGGAACAACCAGGUUGCUAUUUGCUAGUACAUGUAUGCACAAGAACGACCAGAUGAAGAAGAAGGGUGUUAGCAUUGUUGCAUUGUGGGAAAGAGCUUCCAAGGCAAAUAAAAGAACUUCGACAUCUACACAAAAUCCUCCUGAUGUUGAAGUUGAGAGCAGUAUCAUUCCUCCUACUAUUGAGAGCAAUCUGCAACUAGCACUUGUGCAAGCACAUGAACCUGAUGAUGGACACACAGAACCUGAGAGUGCAGCUGGCUCCCCAACCCCAAUUGUAGAAGAUGAUGAAGCAAAUGAUGAAGUUCGGUUUAAGGUAGAUUUGGAAGCACUUGAGUCUGAUCCUGGGAAAUGGAUCCCCAUCUCUAGGUACAAUGUCAAUGACCAGGAUAAAGUUAGAAGGAGAUACAUCGAGCUGGGGGCAUGUCAACCAAAGAAACAUAAUUUUGAGUAUAGAGAUAUAAGUGGAUUACAGUGUCGCUUUUCUCCUUCUUGGUUUAAGGAUUACAAGUGGCUUGAGUAUAGUGUGGACAAAGAAACCGCUUUCUGCUUCGUUUGCUAUUUGUUCAAGGAUAAAACAAGAUGUCUCGGUGGAGAUGCUUUUGUGAAGAAGGGAUUUAAUAACUGGAACAUGAAGUUGAGAUUGAAGAAACAUGAAGGUGAGCGUUUGACAUGGACACUCAAGUGUGUGAGAUUUCUGUUGCGCCAAGGCUUGGCAUUUAGAGGACAUGAUGAAAGUGAAGACUCACUAAAUAAAGGAAAUUUCCUUGAGCUUCUAAAUUGGCUAGCAGGAAAUUUUGAAGAGGUUGACAGGGUUGUUCUCAAGAAUGCUCCACGGAACUGCAGGAUGACUCACCAUGAUAUACAGCAAGAGGUGAUAAAAUGUUGUGCACAAGAGACUACUAAACUAGUCAUUGAGGAACUUGAUGGUGGUCAUUUUGCAAUACUUGCAGAUGAGUCUAGUGAUGUUUAUCAGAAUGAACAGUUGGCUGUUUGCUUGCGUUAUGUUGAUAAGAAAGGAAGGGCGGUUGUAAGAUUUCUUGGUCUUGCUCAUGUUGAAGAUACUACCUCUUUAACACUAAAAGCUGCAAUUCAGAAAAUGCUUAUGGACUACAAUUUGACCUUUGCAAUGGUUCGUGGGCAAGGAUAUGAUGGAGCUAGUAACAUGAGAGGUAAUGCUAAUGGCCUGAAAAAACUGAUUAUGGAUGAGUCCCCUUCUGCCUACUAUGUUCAUUGUUUUGCCCAUCAACUACAGUUAACUCUUGUUGAUGUUGCUAAGGAGAGUGGUGAUUGUACUUGGUUCUUUCCGCAGCUUGCACACUUGUUAAAUGCUCUUGGCAUGUCUUGUAAAAAGAUGAGAAUGCUUCGGAUAGCUCAGGCUGAAGAACUCAUUGAUGCAUUGGAAUUGGAAGAAGUAGAAACAGGGAGUGGGCUGAAUCAGGAAAUGGGUUUGGGAAGGCCAUGUGAUACACGUUGGAGCUCUCACUUCAAAACUGUGAACCAUGUCAUCUCUCUGUAUGGUACACUACGACGAGUCCUUCGCAAGAUUGGAGAUGAGUACCAUGGUGCGGAGGCACAAGCAGCUCUAUCCAUAGAGAAAAUAUUUCGAUCAUUUGAGUUUGUUUUCAUGGCACACAUGAUGCAAGAAAUAUUUGGAUACACAGAUGAGUUGUGUAGAGCUUUGCAAAAGCAAGACGAAGAUAUUUUUCAUGCUAUUGAGCUUGUUGGUGACACAAAGUAUUACUUGGAGGCUUUGAGGACCGAUGCUGGAUGGGAUGAUUUUCUCACGAAGGCAAAUCAGUGA